UUGACCUGAGGUCCAUUCCUAUGGUGGCCAGCCAAUGCCUGGCCAUGGGCAAUGGUUCGAUAAAAGCCCCACGGGCUGGGGAGAACAGCUGCCUGGCCUCCAUCCACACGGACCCACCUGGCCUGGAAACAGACGUCCUCAGGUUGCGGAUUUUACACCUAGAGGCAGAGCUGGCACGUCGGGACCAGGAAUUUCAAGCCCAGAAGCUUCAGUUACAGCAUCUCCAGAGAGAGUUGGAGGCCAAGAUCUCCCAGAUUGACAAGCUCCAGGAUGCUAUUGGCUACAACAAUAGUCUGGGCCGUUCUCCACCUACCCUGUACCACUACAGCCAUCACCGUUUCAGUGUCAUCAACCAGGGUCCCAGCCGCUUCCACAGGUUGGCUGUGGAGGUCCACCGGAGGCUCAAAGCAAAAGAGGGCGUCUCUGCUGAACCCACUUCAGAGAACUUUUCCGGAGGUUUCAUAGCAGCAAAGAGCUCCAUCGCAAAGGCCAUCCGCAAAGACUCACUCACCAAGAAGCUCAUCAACAAUGCCAUCAUGAACAGUGACUUUUUGAAAAAGCUGGAGCCACAGCACAUGAGGGAGAUGGUGGACUGUAUGUAUGAGAAGGUUUACACCAAGGGACAGCUGGUCAUCCAGGAGGGGGAACCUGGAAACUACCUCUAUGUACUGGCAGAGGGCUUGCUAGAGGUCAUCCAGAAUGGAAAGCUACUGGGGGAGAUGUGUCCUGGCACAGUGUUUGGAGAACUGGCCAUACUGUACAACUGUAAGAGAACAGCCACUGUUAAAGCUGUGUCCCAGUCUCACAUCUGGGCACUGGACCGUCAGACUUUCCAGACCAUUAUGAUGCGGACCACAAAGGCCAGACAUGAGGAGUACUUCAGCUUUCUGUGCAGUGUGCCUCUGCUGCAAGGACUGCCUGAGGAGAAACUAGCCAAGAUUGUUGAUUGUCUCGAAGUGGACUAUUUUGAAAAGGGGGAGCAUAUUAUUCGAGAGGGUGAAGAAGGGAACACUUUCUUUAUUAUUGCAAAAGGAGAGGUCAUAGUCACUCAGAGCACAGAGGGGUUUGCUGAACCAAAGGCAAUCAAGACCUUAGGUGUGGGAGACUACUUUGGGGAGAAAGCUCUGAUCAGUGAAGAUGUUCGAUCAGCAAACAUCAUCUGCAAUGAAAACGAUACACACUGCCUGGUGGUGGACAGAGACAAUUUCAACCAAAUGGUGGGAACAUAUGAGGAGCUUCAGACUUACCUGAAGGAAUAUGUAGAAGAGCUUUCCAGGAGUGAUGAAAGGAGAAAUGCCCUCCCCCACUCACCUCAGAUUGACUCUGCGGAGGCUCAAGAGCUGAGAAGGCUGAAGGAGAAGAUUGCUUUCCUGCCUCCACAGCAGCCUUUCCAGGAGCUUGAGGUCAUAGCCACACUGGGCAUGGGAGGAUUUGGACGAGUGGAGCUGGUAAAGUUGAUGGAUGAGGACGUUACUUUUGCUCUAAAGUGCAUUAAGAAGAAGCACAUUGUGGACACAAGACAGCAGGAGCACAUCUACUCUGAGAAAAACAUCCUUCAGCAAACAAACUCAGCAUUUAUCAUCAGGUUAUUUCGAACAUUUCGGGAUGAUAAGUUUGUCUACAUGCUACUUGAGGCAUGUCUUGGUGGAGAGCUGUGGACUGUGCUGCGGGACAUGAGUUAUUUUGAUGACACCACAGCCAGGUUCUGCGCUGGUUGUGUUUUAGAGGCCUUUGAUUAUCUCCAUACAAUGGGCAUUGUCUACAGAGACCUAAAACCUGAAAAUCUUCUACUGGAUGCUGAGGGUUAUGUCAAAAUGGCAGACUUUGGUUUUGCUAAAAAGAUAGGCCUUGGAAAGAAGACCUGGACAUUCUGUGGGACUCCAGAGUAUGUGGCCCCAGAGGUCAUCAUGAACAAAGGCCAUGACUUUGGAGCGGAUUGCUGGUCUUUAGGAAUCCUCAUUUUUGAACUUCUCACUGGCAACCCACCCUUUGCUGGCUCAGACCCCAUAAAGAUUUACACCAUGGUCCUCCAUGGCAUUGAAAAGGUUGAUUUCCCCAAGGAAAUAUGCAAGCGUCCAGACGACCUCAUCAGGAGACUCUGCAAACUAAACCCAGUAGAGAGGCUGGGAAACAAAAAGAACGGCAUCAUUGACAUCAAGAAACACAAGUGGUUCCAGGGCUUCAACUGGGAGGGUUUGAGGCAUCACAAGCUGCUGUCUCCACUGAAGAGAGAGCUGAAAGGGCCAAUGGAUCACAGUCACUUUGACACAUUUUCUCCUGACACAGAGGAGCCUCCUGAUGAGCUAUCUGGCUGGGAUAAAGACUUCUAA